AUGGAUCCACAGUCAGAUACUCAUUUGAGCGAAAGUGGGGAGUUGGGUGGUUUAAGUGAAGUUCGCAAUGGCAGCGUUUCUGGGAGGAUAGAAGCUUUUAAUUGUCUUGCUGGAGAUAUGGAUGAAAACGUGUAUGGUAUUGCUUCUUAUGUGAUUCAUACAUUUGGGCCAAUAUACAAUGUGGAAGAGAACCCUCAAGCCUCUUUGAGAAAUGCCUACAGGUAUCUUUAUGAUGAAGUUGCAGCUUACGCCUUAUCUAUAAUCAAGGAAUUUGCAGAGGGCUUUGAAAAGGAGAAAGAGCUCAGGCGGUUGCAUGACAAGGUAGAAAAUGAAUAA